AUGAGAGGAGACUCCAGAUUUGAAGGUCAUGAGAUUUUGAGGUUCACCAGAGAACAGCUGCUUCAGCUUAAAGAGGCGGUCGAAGUCUCUGAGUCAGUCCUGAAGCUCAAUCAGGAAAUUUCAUCUGGUCCUUCUCCUGCUUUGGUGAAGACAGAGGUUCCAUGGUCAGCUAGAAGAGGAACUCUUUCAGAAAAAGACCGAGUCCUCAAGAGCGUGAAAGGUAUUCUGAACAAGAUGACUCCUGAGAAGUAUGAUCUCCUUAAAUGUCAAUUAAUAGACUCUGGUAUCACUUCUGCAGAUAUCCUAGAGCUACAUUCCUUCUCAUCAGAGGAAGUCGGUGGAAAAGAAGUAACAUUCAAAAGAGUGCUUUUGAAUAACUGCCAAGAACAGUUUGAAGGCGCUGCUGACAAAUUGAAGGAAGAAGUCAGACUAAUGACUGAUCCAGAACAAGAGAUGGAGCGCAGGGACAAGGAAAGAAUGACUAAGCUUAGAACAUUAGGAAACAUCCGUUUGAUUAGUGAGUUUCUGAAGCAGAAGAUGGUGCCUGAGAAGAUAAUUCAUCACAUCGUCCAAUCUAAAGACAUAGGGAGUGGCUGUGUGGUUUACGGGUCUAUGCUCGAUGACAUUGGGAUUGAUCUGUCAAAGGCACCAAACAGCUUUGGGGAGAUCCUUGGGAGUUUGGUUAUGGCCAAUGCUUCUAGUUUUGAGAUGGUGAAAGAGAUUCUAAUGAAAAUUGAGGAUGAGUGGUUUAAGAAAGCAGUCUUGGAUGCUGUGUUAAAGAGUGUAAGCUGGUAUCUGUUGGCUGCGCAAGCAGCAGAAGUUGAGGCUUGCCUUAGUUUAGUGUAA